GGGAGCUGGCUAGUGGGUACACAGGAAGCCAUAGGUAUUAAUGCUUUAAAAUAAAACAUUACAUUUGCAGAAGUCUUGGCAGAACUUCAGAUAAGGUAGGACAGAGCUCAGGCGGGUGGGGCCACACACAGGAUUCAUGAGGAAGAAGUUGUCAUCCACGGCUGCUUGUUUCCUGAGUCCGUUUGAGAAGGAAACUGCAAGAGUGGGGCAGAGAACCAGAGCGUCAGGGUAAAACCUCCUCCAUCUGCACAUCCUGGGGAGGAACCAGGCAGCCAGAGAGCUGCGGCCGCCCCAGUCCCGCUCCGCCUUUGAAGUGGUUAAAACCGAAGGCGGGGCCUUGGUUCUGGCCCAAGGGACGCUAUGACCACAGAAUUCCUCUCCCUGCUUUGCCUCGGACUGUGUCUGGGCUACGAAGAUGAGAAAAAGAAUGAGAAACUGCCCAAACCCUCCCUCCACGCCUGGCCUAGCUCGGUGGUUGAGGCCCGGAGCAACGUGACCCUGAAGUGUCAGGCUCCUUCCAAGAAUGUGACAUUCAUUCUGCUCAAGGAGAACGACUCUGGGUACAAGCAGGAACAGUUCUCGACAGAAAACGAAGCUGAAUUCCACUUCACGGACCUGAAGCUUAAGGAUGCUGGGAGCUACUUUUGUGCCUACAAGACAACAGCCUCCCAUGAGUGGUCAGAAAGCAGUGAACGCUUGCAGCUGGUGAUCACAGAUAAACACGAUGAACUUGAAGCUCCCUCAGUGAAAACAGAUAAACACGAUGAACUUGAAGCUCCCUCAGUGAAAACAGAUAAACACAAUGAACUUGAAGCUCCCUCAGUGAAAACAGAUAAACACGAUGAACUUGAAGCUCCCUCAGUGAAAACAGACACCAGAACCAUCUUUGUUGCCAUCUUCAGCUGCAUCUCCAUCCUUCUUCUCUUCCUCUCAGUCUUCAUCAUCUACAGAUGCAGCCAGCACGGUUCUUCGCCUGAAGAAUCCACCAAAAGAAUCAGCCAUUCCAAACUUUCGGAGCAGGAGGCUGCUGAGGCAGAUUUAUCCAGGAUGGAAAGGGUAUCUGUCUCGACGGCAGACCCCCAAGGAGUGACGUAUGCUGAGCUAAACAUCAAUGCCCUGUCUGAGGCAGUUUCUGACACCACCCAGGAGCCCCCAGGAUCUCAUGAAUAUGCGGCAGUGAAUGUGUAGCAAGAAGACAGCCCGGGCCACUAAAGGAGGGGGGAUCGUGCUGGCCAAGGUUAUCAGAAACGUGGAGAUGCGGAUGACUCUGUGUCCCUUGCUCCUCAUCCGUAUCAAUAAAAUUAAGUUUCUCAUCUUAAAAAGAAA